CCCACAAAAUCAGAACCAAAAAGGAAAUCAAGAACAGCCCAUCAAAAAUGGCUUCUGCCUCUCUAAAACCCUUCUUCUUCUUCUUCUUCUCUGCCUUCUCUGUUCUUCUCUGUCUGCUUCCUCCCAUGGCCAAUGCAGGAAUCACCAGGCAUUACAAGUUUCAAAUACAAUUGCAGAAUGUAACAAGGCUCUGCCAAACGAAGACAAUCGUCACCGUUAACGGGCGGUUCCCGGGGCCUAGAAUCAUCGCCAGGGAAGGUGACCGCCUCUUAAUCAAAGUUGUCAAUCACGUCCGAAACAAUAUAUCCCUGCAUUGGCACGGGGUGCGGCAGCUGAGGAGCGGGUGGGCGGAUGGGCCUGCAUACGUGACACAGUGUCCAAUCCAAACAGGGCAGAGCUAUGUGUACAAUUUCACAGUGAGUGGGCAGCGGGGGACAUUGUUCUGGCACGCUCACAUCUCAUGGCUGAGGUCAACUGUGUAUGGCCCAUUGAUCAUUCUCCCCAAAACCCACCAGCCUUACCCUUUUCCCCAACCUUUUAAAGAAGUUCCCAUCAUUUUUGGGGAGUGGUGGAAGGCUGAUACUGAGGUUGUCAUCAACCAAGCCAUGCUAACUGGUGGUGCUCCAAAUGUUUCUGAUGCUUACACUUUCAAUGGCCUCCCUGGCCCCUCCUAUAAUUGCUCUGCUCAAGAUACCUUCAAGCUCAAGGUAAAGCCAGACAGAACCUAUCUUCUCCGACUGAUAAAUGCGGCACUCAACGAGGAGCUCUUCUUCAGCAUUGCCAACCACACGGUCACCGUGGUCGAAGCCGACGCCGUUUACGUCAAGCCCUUCAAAACCGACGUCGUUCUCAUUUCUCCAGGGCAGACCAUGAACGUGCUACUUCACACCAAAUCCAACGCCCCCAAUGCCACCUUCCUCAUCGCCGCCCGGCCCUACGCCACCGCGCCGGCCGCCUUCGACAACAGCACCGUCACCGGAUUACUCGAAUAUGAACCCACCAACACUAAGGCCCUGUCGAAUCUGAAGGGGAAGAAAAAUAAGCCUUUUCCUCUUAUGAAACCGGCACUUCCCCGGUUCAAUGACACGAGUUUUUCGAUGAGAUUUAACAGGAAGAUUCGUAGCUUGGCGAAUUCGAAGUUUCCGGCGAAAGUGCCGAAGAGGGUUGAUCGGAGAUUCUUUUUCACGGUGGGUUUGGGGCUGCAGGCGUGCCAGAGGAACCGCUCCUGCCAAGGCCCCAACAACACCAGGCUAUCGGCGUCCAUUAAUAAUGUCACGUUCGUGCAGCCAAAUACGGCUCUUCUUCAAGCCCACUUCUUCAAUCAAUCUAACGGCGUUUACACCGCCGAUUUUCCGGCCAAUCCGCCGUUCAAAUUCAACUACACAGGUACGGCGCCGAAAAACUCAAUGGUGAGCAGAGGAACAAAGGUGGCGGUGGUGCCGUACAACGCCACCGUGGAAGUGGUGAUGCAGGACACGAGCAUCAUCGCUGCGGAGAGCCACCCGCUCCACCUCCAUGGCUUCAAUUUCUUCGUGGUGGGUCAGGGGUUCGGGAAUUUCGACCCGAACAAAGACCCGCCCAAAUUCAACCUCGCCGACCCGGCCGAGAGGAACACCGUCGGCGUUCCGUCCGGCGGCUGGGUGGCGAUCCGGUUCGUCGCCGACAAUCCUGGGGUUUGGUUCAUGCACUGCCACCUGGAAGUCCACACAAGCUGGGGACUGAAGAUGGCCUGGAUUGUCAACGACGGUCAACGGCCGAAUCAGAAGCUGCCGCCGCCGCCCUCCGAUCUGCCCAAAUGCUAAAAUUUUCUCUGUUUCUGAUCGGAGACAUUCCCGAAGGGAAAACUAGAAAUAGGAAAUUUGGUGGAGAGGUUUUCUUUCAGUGGUUCUUCUGUAGCUUUGAAAUUUUCUCCUUUCAAUUCAAUUGAACGAGUGUAAUAAUUCAAAUUUUGAACUUUUUAUUCAUUCCCAACUUAAAAUUGUUGUCCAAUUAUGAAAACCAUUAUUACUAA